GUGUCGAACUCGCUUGGUUCUCCAGCAAGCCCGUCUGUAUUUCGCGCGUGUCAAGUGGGUCUCGUCCGGGAUGGCUGUUGUAUACCGCAGCCCGCCAAUCACCACCAGCGCUGAAUAAUCGUGGCCUCGAGUCGGCCGCCACGAACCGGAUUUGAACCAAACGGAUCGCGAUAAAAGAAAGUCAAAGACAAAGCAGACGACUUUAAUCGAAUAAUCACUUUGAUAUCCCCGUUGUCGACUCUUGAGAGAGAAGCACCGCUGUUCGGGAUUGUCGUUACCGGCGUAAUCGGAUGCGCCGGAUUGGCAAAAGAUCGACGUUGCCUGACCUGGCGGUUUCCCUUUUCGACGAAACGCGGCCUCGCCCCUUCAAAAUCCUUCCCUUUCUUCUUACCCUACCCACCCUCUCUUAUCACCAAGAACCCCCCCGCCAUUAUGACCCUCUUGCGACAAGGGUCCCUUUGGGGCCUGGUGCUGCUUGCUGGUCUGGCGCUUGCCCACGGUGGCCAUGAGGCUGUUCCGGAGGGCGAGCCCAUCUCGUUGGAACCCAUUGAUUCGACGUUAUGGACACAUAUGGUCCUGAUGGGUACUGCGUUUGGUAUUAUUUUCCCGUUGGGAAUGGUUCUCGGUAUUGUUCGCUCGCGCUGGCACGUCCCCGUUCAAAUCGUCGGCACUAUUAUCGCCGUGCUGGCUUACUUCCUCGGCCACGCUCACAAGGGUCGCCAAUUCGGCAAGAACGCCCACGCCUCGUUCGCAAAUUGGCUCAUGCUGCUUCUGGUCGUGCAGGUUGUGCUUGGAUUCUACCUGAAGUUGCACCUGGAAAAGGCAGGCCAAGGUCGGAUACGUUGGAUCUUCGUUCUGGCCCACGGUAUCGUCGGCAAGAUCAUGCCAAUUGUGAGCUGGACGCAGAUGCUGUUUGGUGGUAUCGCGGCCCUCGGCUUCUGCCAGGGUGACCAUAUGGGACAGUGUUUGGCGCAUUUCAUCAUGGGCAGUGCUUUCAUUGCGUAUGGUAUCUGCUUGACUAUUCUUUUGCUGGUGGGUCAGUACUGGCUUCGCCGCACGGGCCGGAGCCAAGAGUUCUUCGACUCAUUGAUUAUCGCCGCGUGGGGCUGCGUCAAUACCUUUACUGAACACCGCUGGGGCGGGCCUUGGGUCCACAAUGAUCUCCAGCAUACCACCAUGGGUAUUGUCUGGUGGUGUGCUGGUCUACUGGGCAUGUGGCUGAGCCGCAGCCGCAAUGGCCGACCUAAGCGGAAUUUGAUUCCUGCCAUUGUCAUCGGUCUAACUGGAUAUGCGAUGUCUGCACACACCCAGACUCUGAUGAUCAGUACUAUGGUCCACAGUAUCUUUGGAUACACUCUGAUGGCCGCGGCUCUGACUCGGAUCAUCGAGAUUUCGUUUGUCCUGCGCGACAAGCCCAAUGUCAGCAUCAGCGGUGCCGACCCGAACAGUUUCCAAUACCUCACGCCUUUCUUGCUAUAUGCCUCUGGCUUCUUGUUCAUGGGUGCCACCGAGGAGCAGAUGCAGUUGCUCAGCCAGGCUGGCGUCAUGCACGUCUCCUAUAUUUUGAUCUUGUACAGCAUUGCUUUUAUCCUCUUCCUCUUCGUUAAUAUUCUCCUUCACAUCUACGCCGUCCAUGCCUGGCCCGAGGGUGCCCCCGAGGAAGAAGAAGAAGAAGCUCACAAGUACACCAACGCUAAUGGCAGCUACAUGAAUGGUCGCACGAGGACCGCCGAUGCGCAACAUAUUUCUGACGCCGAGGCUUUUGAAUUGGAGGGCCUGAUGAGUGAUGAUGAGGACGAAGCCGGCUCCUCGAUGCGGCCUAAAAAGACGACCGACGAGGAGAUGGGUGCUAAAGAGGCUUCUCGACCCUGAGCUCGUCUCGUCAUUCUUGCUGUUCGUGUUGGGUAAUCCUGGGACUUUCGAUUCUGGGUUACGGGUCAUAUCAUAUGCAUGUUUCCGUAGGCGUUGGUCGGUUGGAAUUCUUGGUGCUUUUGCACUAGUAUAUGUUUCUAAUUGAAUUGAACAUAUUAUUUCUUGUACUAGUCAACCCUUUAUUAUCUGUGUUAGAGCUCAUGUAUAUAGUACAGUGCAUUUCAUCAUUCAAUGUAUUGACUUAUAAGAGCAAGUCUUGACACGAGCAGCAUCCCACUUCAUCUCAAACAGAUGACCGACUCGAAUAGAU